GUUCAUUCUGUAUGCCAGACGGAAUAGUUAUGAGCGUAGCCAGUUCGGAUUCUGCGGUUAUAAUCGUCGGUGCGGGUGCGGCAGGAAUAGCAGCCGCCAGCAAACUACUCAACAACAACAUUACAAACAUACAAAUCCUUGAGGCGGAGGACAGAAUCGGAGGCAGAAUUUUCAGCGUGCCGGUUCAGGAUUAUUAUGUGGACUUGGGAGCGGAAUCUGUGCACGGAAAAAAGGGGAACGCUGUCUAUGAAAUGGUGGAGGGGUCUGAUUUGUUGGAGGAGGAGUUGGGGGAGAACGUGCUGUGGAUGGCUACAGAUGGGGAAGUUGAUGAAGAUUUGAGGAAUCAUGUGUUGCAGUUCAUUGAUGAGUUUGAAGAUCAAAUUGGGUCGGCGCAGGGCCAAAGUACGGUUGGAAAAGAGUUUCUUAAAAGAUAUAAUGAAAUCAUUUUGGAAAAAUACAAAAAUGAUCCACGCAGACACAAACUAGCUGUAGCAGCAAUUCAAUUAGCUGAAAACAUCAUAAACGACUACGAAGGAAGUUAUUCCUGGAACGACUUAGCUGUACCAAACAAUUACCAAACCUUAGAUGGAGAUUUGUAUCAAUACUGGAAAGGAACAGGAUACAGAAUUAUCCUUGACAUCCUCAUGGGUAAAAAAUCAUUCAAAGACAAAAUCAAACUGUCCACAGAAGUAAGAACCAUAAAUUAUACAGACAGCAAAGUUUUGGUGAAGUGUUCCGACAACAGAAUCUUCGUGGGUGAUCAUGUGAUAGUGACGGUGCCACUUGGUGUACUGAAAUCCAAAAGCAUCAAUUUUGUUCCGGAAUUACCGGAAGACAAGCGGGAAGCUGUGGAACGUAUGGAUUUUGGCGGAGUCUACAAGUUGAUUUUGUAUUUUCCUGAACCGUGGUGGGACAACGGCAGUUCCACCUUCAGUUUCUUGUGGGACGAAUCUGAGAGGCUCAAUAUUGUUAAGCAGUUUCCCGAAGGACCACAACACUUGUUACAGAUAUACAACAGUAUGCAAGUGGUUGUAGCAAUUCUUUGUUUACUAGCAGUAAUUUUGGUGAUAUUUUUUGCAUUUUAUCACUCCAUUAAUGUUUUGUCUUGGAUAUCCACGUGGAUAUGGUCCAUACGAGAGGAAAAAGUUGGCCUAACUAAAUCGAAAGGAGUUUACAACGCAAACGGAUAUUUGGUCCAUUCCGACUCGGACAUACUCUUGGACACGACCGGCAACUUCAAACGCUUCGACUCGGUGGACCGCGACGUCAAAGUGACAAUAGCGACGACAAGUUUAUCAGGCACCGACUGGAUCAACUACGACGAAGAGGGCGACAUACCGCCGCAGCCCUUGCGACCCGCCCCUGUCCCCGAGUCGCCCACCGAGCGUCAGAAAGAGAAGCGCAUAAUUAAAAGGAAGCAGCUCAGUUCGGAGGAGCCGGGCUGUAUCGAGAAGACCUCCAUCUCGCCGAUACCUCGUCCAGUCUCCUCCGUGAACGUGGCCACGUUGGCCUCGCAGUCCUCGUUUCCGGUAUGCCUGUCGCCACCCCCCUCACCCUCCGCCCAGUCCUUGAAUGUGACCGCUCCGCUGCCCCAGCACACCACCUCGGUCUCAUCGCCGGCCCUCGCGUCCAGCCUCUCCUUCAAGACGAAUCACGCCGGAAAGGAAGGCGAAGUCUGCGCUACACCCGCCGCCGAUGAAGCUGAAACUGUACCCAUGGCUUUGAAGAGGGCUAUAUCUUGUGACAGCGUAUGUUCGGACACGUCUGUGGCACUGGGCGAUCUCGAGGACGUCAAUAUCACCGGCUAUCUCUGCAUCGGACUGGAAUAUGACAGUGAGUGUUUCGAUCUGGUGGUCAACGUGUUGGAGGCGAAGGAGUUGCAGGGCGUAGCCCAAGAUGGGGACGUGGACUCGUACGUGAGGGUGUCCUUGCUGCCGGACACCGAGGCGACGAUUCAAACUAGAGUUUAUCGCUGUUCCAACACUCCCAGCUACAAGGAGCGGUUCCUGUUCACCCUGAAUCCGCGGGAGCAAAAUCAGAAGACACUUUCAUUUCACGUUUAUACGACGGACACUCACACUCACACUCUGGUCGGCGAGGGCGAGAUUCGUUUGGCGGACAUCAUUUUGAGGCAGCCUGUCACCACUUGGGUCACGUUGACGGACACGGGUCAGAAAGGAAGCGAGUUUGGAGAGCUCAUGUUUUCGCUGAGCUAUUUGCCGACGGCUGAAAGAUUGACGGUUGUUGUGGUUAAGGCGAGGAAUUUGAAGUUUCAAAACCAGAACUCUGGGGAGCCUUUUGUUAAGGUCUAUUUGAUGCAACAUGGCAAGAAAAUCAAUAAAAAGAAAACGACUACAAAGAAAAACGAGAAGAGCCCUAUUUUUAAUGAAGCCAUGAUAUUCAGUGUUCCAUCUCAUACUCUAUCGACAAUCCAGCUGCGUCUGACAGUGGCGGAGACUCCGAAGACUGAGAACACGAAGGCCUACGCUAUAGGACAUGUGAUAAUAGGGAACCAGGCGAGCGGUCGUUCGCUCAGUCACUGGAACCAGAUGCUGACCGCGCUCAGGAAACCUGUGGCCAUGUGGCACAGCCUCAGGAAGUAAAAGGGAGGAAGGAGUCUUCAGCCUGGAUGGCGCCUCUUUAACCAAUCAAGCAUCCCUUUUCGGCGGAAAGGAGGUAUCAGAAUGGUUUGUGUAGAUAUUAUUGAGGUGGGGCACUUUUUUGGAUUGGCUUUAAGAUAUCUCUUUUCCGUCACUCGCUGAAAGCCAAACAAAUACACGUUGUACAAUCCCCAAAACACUAUAAGUGUAACCUUCCAUAUAUGUGAUAUAUAGCCUUUUUUGCUGAUUACAUGUUAUAGUUGUAACUAAUUAAAAAUUAUAUAAACAUAUGUAUAUAGUGGGGUGAAAAUCGUCGCAAGCUUAUCGAAAACAUUUUCUAAAGAACUAACUUAACUGCGCAUGGAUAAAUGCAUAAAAGGCAACAUUUUUAAAUGGCAAUGGCGCAUUUUUAAAAUUUCCAGUGACAAAAUCUUGAUAAAUGGGGCUUAUUUUCACUCAAACAUUAAGUAUAAUACAUUCAUCUUAUUGAAGGGGGCUAGUGGAUCCCACUUCAAAUUAAAAUUACAGUAAAAACGACAAAAUACGCCAUUGCCAUUUAAUGAAUCUCGCAUUUUAUGCGUUUUCCAAAUAAGUGUCAAAAUUCCAGUGGUGCUAUUGGCCGGGCCAACCUGACAAAACCGAUUGGCCGGCACUAACGUACGAUAGCACAUUCAAAAUUGCUUUAAAACUGCUAUAUGGAACGACUACAACGACUGACUUAUUUUAUUGUUAUUGUUUAACAACAACUUAAUCUUAAUUGGCAAUAUCACAUUAAAAUCUUAUCCUAUCUUAGCAUUAGACUUAAGACUAGAAUUAAGGCAUAGACUUAGAAAUCGGACCGAAUUUCUGACGCUUACCGGACUGGAUUUUUCUAUAUAUGAUUCACUGGGGAAUUCAUAUAUUUUCACGAUCUUAGAUAAUCUAUACGGCGGGGUUGCAAAUAUUUUUGAUUUAUCGAUUUUGACACCCAAAUAGUUGCUAUUGUAUACUUAUUAUUAGACUUAGAUUUAGUAUUAGAUUUAGAUUUGUUAUUUAGUUUCACUUAGAGUUAGUUAUUUGUAAAUGCAUUACGAUUUUUCAUAAAGACUACUACUUUGAUCCGUUGGGAUCUAUUUAAAUUUCAGCGGCGCUACCCCAAGUUUGGAAAAAGCGAUUAGGUUAAUACGUUUUAGUUUUUACUGCUUUUAGAGGGCACUAAGAAUGUUUAUUUUACAUAUUUCUUUAUAUCAUGUACAAUUUAUUUGGCUAAAAUUACUCUAAAUUAACGUGAUUAAUUGCAUUAUUAUUAUAUUAGUGUUAGCAUUUUUUAGCAUUAGCAUUUUACAAACAGUAACAAAAAAAUAUUGCUGAUAAGCACAUUGUCAAAUGGUAAAAGUGGACAUAUUAAGAUCAUGUCCUAUUAAUUCACAUUUUCAUAUACAUAUUAUACUUAUAUAAACUAAAAUAUACAUUUUUAUACAUUUAUAUUUUAUAAUACACAUUAAUUAUCCAUCUAUCCACCGAAAUGUUGUUGAUUUAAAAUUUUUCAAGUGUUGGGUUUCACCAAUUUCAACAUACCAACCAAUUAACUCAUACUAGUGCAGGAGCAAUAAAAAGCAUGUCUAAAUUCUAGUUAAGAAUAGGCCUGCUGCCACCAACACUUUUAUAAAAUUAUUGUUUUGCUAUUUUAUUGUACCUGUACCAAGUUCAGUUAAUUGGUACUAGUGGGUCAGAUUAAAUUCGAGUCGAUAUCAUCCCGAAACAGUCCAUUAUACUGCAAUUUUAAAGUGAAUAACCUAUUUUGAUUUAUACUAUUUUAUACAAAAUUUA